CGUUCCAGUGCUGCAGAUCGGAGACAUGAGCAGGUUGCUCACGGAGCCCAUCAGCAGCAGCUUCAGAGAAGAUGCCCCUCGCCCUCCGGUGCCGGGGGAGGAGGGAGAGGCGCCAUGCCACCACCCGAACAAGAUCUCCGCGAUGAGACCCCAGAGCAAAGCCCAUAAAGCCGUCCCGCUCGCGGCUCCGGGGUCCACGCCGAGGAGGAACGAGGGCGGCCUGGGGGAACCGGAAGGCAGCGCCUCGCCGGACUCGCCCCUGGCCCGCUGGACCAAGUCCCUGCACUCGCUCCUGGGCGACCAGGACGGAGCCCACCUGUUCAGGACCUUCCUGGAGCGGGAGAAAUGCGUGGACACGCUGGACUUCUGGUUCGCCUGCAACGGGUUCAGGCAGAUGGACCUGCAGGAUACCAAAACGCUACGAGUUGCCAAAGCCAUCUACAAGCGGUACAUCGAGAACAACAGCAUCGUGGCCAAGCAGCUGAAGCCGGCCACGAAAACCUACAUACGGGAUAGUAUUAAGAAGCAGCAGAUAGACUCCGCGAUGUUUGACCAGGCGCAGACGGAGAUCCAAACCACCAUGGAGGAGAACGCCUACCAGAUGUUUUUGACGUCUGACAUAUACCUCGAGUACGUGCGCACCGGGUGCGAGAACCCCGGGCUCGUGCACGCGGGCGCGCUCGGGAGCCUGAAGGUGGUGUGCGGGUACCUGCCCACCCUGAACGAGGAGGAGGAGUGGAGCUGUCACGACUUCCGAGCCGAGGGGCUGCCUCCGGUGGUGGGGCUAUCGGCGAAAGCCCUGCGGGCCACCGCCUCGCUGCGGGCGGCGGAGGUGCUGGAGAGCGGACACAGGUCCUGCCGCCGCACUGACCCCGUUAGCCCCUACCACAUCAACUCCGGCUAUGGGUUCGCGCCCGCCACCAGCGCCAACGACAGCGAGAUGUCCAGCGACGUCCCGACCGACGACUCCCUGUCCAUGACCGACAGCAGCGUAGAUGGGAUCCCCCCCUACAGGAUGGGCAAGAAGCAGCUGCAACGCGAGAUGCACAGGAGCGUUAAAAUUAACGGACAAGUUUCUCUACCUCAUUUCCCCCGGACGCACCGCCUGCCCAAGGAGAUGAUGCCCGUGGAGCCGGCCGCCUUCGCCGCGGAGCUCAUCGCCCGGCUGGAGACGCUCAAGAGGGAGCAGGAGGCCAUGAGCAGCCUGGAGGAGCGGCUGCAGCAGAUCAAGGAGGAGGAAGAGAGAGACGAGGCCGAGCUGCUUCCUGCUGCCCGCGAGCUGCCCGCUGCUCACCACCCCCCCAGCUCCCUGGGGCUGCUGCCCGCCGGCGCCUACGAGGAGGACCCACAGGCCAUCCUGGACGAGCACCUGUCCCGGGUGCUGAAGACGCCGGGCUGCCAGUCCCCCGGCGUGGCCCGCCACUCGCCCCGCUCCCGCUCGCCGGACCACCCCUUCCACCGGGGCGGGGGCCCCAAGCUGCAGCCCCCCGCCCUGGGCUCCCCGUCCCUGCCCUACCCCCUGGGCUGCGGCGGCAACAAAGCCUUCGUCAGCAAGCAGUCCACCCGGCACGUCCACCACCACUACAUCCACCACCACUCGGGCCCCAAGACCAAGGAGCAGAUCGAGGUGGAGGCGGCCCAGAGGGUGCAGUGCCUGUGCCCCGGCAGCACAGACUACUGCUCCUACCCCAGGGGCAGAAGCCACCCCAAGGACCAGUGCGGGAGCCCCGCGGAGCCGUUCGCAGGGGGGCGCUCAGGCACGCUGUCCAAGAGGGCGUGCAAGGCCAGUGACGGCGUGGCGCAGCUGAACGGGGAGGGCAGCCUGCCUCCUACGCCCCUCCUGCUCCCCAGCGAUGGCACGGACCGGUCGCAGAACGUGUGGCAGUGGAUCCUGGAGAGCGAGAGGCAGAACAAGCACAAAGCCCACUGUGCCCCGGGAGUGAAGAAGGCCUACGGAAUGGAAUCGUCCCGGCCGGCAGCGGGCGAGAGGUGUGGCCGGCAGCACUCCUGGGCAGGCGGCAGCCACCCGCGGACCCACCAGCCCGCGCACCCCUUCAUCCAGGACCCCGCCAUGCCCCCCCUCCCUCCCCCCAACACCCUGGCGCAGCUGGAGGAGGCCUGCCGCCGCCUGGAAGAGGUCUCCAAGCCCCCCAAGCAGAGGCAUUCAACGUCAAGCCUUCAAAGAGAACGAAGUCACCCUGUGUCCUUCCAAAGUGGCACUGCACCUUUAUCAACUCCUGGGCUUCAAACAGAAGAGUACAAAGAGCCAAAGAAGCAGGCUGGUGCUCACAGCACACUGGGCACUGAGCUGGUCGUCACUUACUUCUUCUGUGGAGAGGAGAUUCCUUACCGCAGGAUGAUGAAGACACACAGCUUGACUCUGGGGCACUUCAAAGAGCAGCUUCGAAAAAAGGGCAAUUACAGGUACUACUUCAAGAAAGCCAGCGACGAGUUCGAGUGCGGCGCGGUGUUCGAGGAGGUCUGGGAUGACGGCACCGUCCUGCCCAUGUACGAGGGCAAAGUCCUGGGCAAAGUGGAAAGAGUCGACUGAGCGACGACAAGCUGGAGAACUCCUUUCACGAGACACAGCCCCGCGAAGAAAACGGACUCUUGAAGAAGCUAUGUUUUUUUUAAGCUAAAGAGGUUGAUCCAGGAGGCCGCAAGCAGAAGGAGGGCGGGCCAUUGAAGGCACGCGGGCCGGUGAAGUAGGAUUGACAGACGACUGUAAAACCGAUGAGCCUUAGAGCAGGGCGGCGCAGAGAGAGGGAGCUCCACACACGACCACUGUGGGCCAAGAGGAGGGACAGACUCUUCCUGCAGUGAGACUGUCUUACACGAGACUGUGGCUUUCUGGGGAUUUGCAACGUACUGACGUCAAACUGUAUCGCGUGUCUGUUGGUUCAUGUUGCGCUUAUUCAAAGCGGGCAUGCUUGUGCAUAUAUGCACAGUGUAUGUAUGCCGGCACACUUAUAAUGUUGCUUUUAAUCUAAAGUUUUAAUAUUUAUUUAACUCUCACGCCCCCCCCACCCACCCCCAGUCCUGUCAAGGGACAAGCUGCUUUCAUGGCCAGAGUCCUCAUGUCCCCAACACAAGGCCCGAGUGACACCCCACCCUGCCUGGCCGAGAGUCCAGGACUCACGCUUGCCACUGGUGUCCGAGUCGACCAGUCUUAACCUAUGCUGCUGAUGUACAAUGGAAUUGAAAAGCUUUUUCCCCGUCUUGCUGUGAACAGGAGUUUCGGAGUCGAAAGCUCCAUCGUACAUUGUAUCCAGUGCCUUUACUCGCGUGGCCCAGGAAUUGCACAGGAAAGUGAUCCGCCCGUUCAGAGAAGACUCCUGGAGCACAAACUGUCACUCCACAGACAAACUCUAAUAAACCAUUUGCGUUAAAGGAAGUAAAAAUAGCGAGCUUAUCAAUAUCCUGCUGCUCACACGUCCCAAGGACAGUCUCCGGUUGCUCUUGCCGAAUGCAGAGGCAUUGCAGAUGGCAGCAAAUUCUCAGACCUGUUUCUUUGAAAAAGUCACUCUGCAGUUCAAGUGGUUUUGUGUUGUAUCAUAGUACAGUGUAAUGGAAACGGGCUUCUGUACAUAUUGUAAAAAAGAAAUAAUUACACUCUUGCUAGUGUUUUAUUAGUGCAUACCUGUGCCUGCAAAGGUAAUCUGCCAUGCAUCACCCUGAUUCAGGGUUAAAUAUUCCCUUCAUUUACAGAAGGGUUUUAUGUUCAAGAGAUAUUUUUAUGCUUUUAUUACAAGUCUUGUAAUCAUGUUUUAUGUUUUUGGAUUUUUUUUCCAUGCCAUUUUU